AUGGCAAUGGGAGGGCGGGAGGGCCAGGGCACAGGCCAGUGGGCAACCCCGGACUCCCGGGACAGGCGGCUGGCCUGCAGCCCCGAGAUCGCCAUGGCGAUCAGAGGGCGGGAUGGCCUGGGAGCAGGCCAGGUGGCAAACCUGACCCCCGAGAAGCCCCCUGCCCGCGUCCCUGUGCAGCCACAGAAACCGCCUUCCCCCCGCCCCUGUGCAGCAGCAGAAGCUGACAGCCCUAGCCUGUGUGCAGCCUCUGAAGCCGCCUGCCCACAGCCUGUGCAGCCACAAAAGCCGCCUGCCGCCGCCUGUGACCUGAUCCAGUCCCGGGUUGCAGGCCUGCGCCCCUGUGCGGCUGCAGAAGCCACCAGCCCCGUGCCUGUGAAGGGUCGCCCUGGGGAGGAGUCCGGACACCUGCACACCCCGCUCCUAUUCAGCAACAUCUCCGAGAUCACAUGUCUGCACCGCAGGCUGUGGGGCAGCGUGAUGGCGCCGAUGGUGGAGAAGGUGCUGCACAUGCAGGCACUGCUGCAGCGGGACCUCCUCAAAGGCUUUGAGAUGUUCGGCUCCCUCUUCAAGCCCUACAUCCGGUACUUCAUGGAGGAGGAGGGCUGCAUGGAGUACACGCGCAGCCUGCUGCAUGACAAUGACCUCUUCCGGGCCUAUGUGACGUGGGCUGAGAAGCACCAGCAGUGCCAGCGGCUGAAGCUGAGCAACAUGCUUGCCAAGCCCCACCAGCGGCUCACCAAGUACCCACUGCUGCUCAAGUCGGUGCUGAGGAAGACGGACGAGCCGCGUGCCAAGGAGGCCGUCACCACCAUGAUCAGCUCCAUGGAGCGCUUCAUCCACCAUGUGAACGCAUGCAUGCGGCAGCAGCUGGCGGCCGUGGUGAGCCGCAUGGACGCCUAUGAGGUGGUGGAGGGUAGCAACGACGAGGUGGACAAGCUCCUGAAGGAAUUUCUGCACCUGGACCUGACCGCGCCCAUCCCUGGUGCCUCCCCGGAGGAGACGCGUCAGCUGCUGUUGGAGGGCAGCCUGAGGAUGGAGGGAAAGCACAGAAAGAUGGAUGUGUACUGAUUCCUCUUCAUGGACCUACUCUUAGUGACCAAGGCAGUGAAGAAGGCUGAAGGGACCAGGGUCAUCAUGCCAUCACUGCUGGUGGACAAGGUCGUGUGCCGGGAGCUGCGGGACUCUGGCUCCUUCCCCCUCAUGUGGCCCCUUUCUUUCACACCCCUCAUCUACCUGAACGAGUUCCACAGUGCCGUGGGGGCCUACACGUUCCAGGCCAGUGGGCAGGCUCUGUGCCAGGGCUGGGUGGACUCCAUUUACAAUGCCCAGAGCCAGUUGCAGCAGCUGCAUGCGCAGGAGCACGCGGGCAGGCAGCAGCACCUGCAGAGCCUGGAGGAGGAAGAGGAAGAGGAGGGUGGGGAGAGUAGCACUUCCGCCACCAGCUCCCCCACCAUCCUGCGCAAAAGCAGCAACAGCCUGGACUCCCAGCAUUGUGCCUCGGAUGGCUCCAGGGAGACCCUGGCCAUGGUGGUGCUGGAGCCCGAGACGCUCUCCUCUCCUGAGUUCGAGGGCAGCCCCUUCAGCUCCCAAUCGGACAAGAUGUCCCUCAGUACCACCACCUCAUCUGUCACACCUACCAGCGAAGUGCUGGCUCUGGGCCCCGGGGAGGGCAGCUCCUGCUCCAUGGACUCUGCCUAUGGCACCCUCUCCCCUGCCUCCUUGCAGGACUUUGCGACCCCAGCCCCUGUGGUGGAGCCAACGCCCCCAGCCCCUGAUUUACCACAGGCCCCUUCACCCCGGCCCUCGCCCCUCCUCCUCUGCCUCCCCCCUGUCCAGUUGCUGCCCUGCCUGCCCCACCUGUUCAAGUCCAAAUCUAAGGCCAGCCUCCUGCAGCUGCUGGCAGGGGCCGCCACCCACAGGGCGCCCCCAGCCUGCAGCCGCAGCCUGUCAAUACUCUGUUUGGCUGCCACAGCCAAGGGCACUAGGACUCGGGGCUCCCCUCAGGAAGCUGGGCCCCCCUGGAAUUGCGGGGGCACACAAAGCCCUGGCAGUGGCUCCCAGCUAUCAGAGAUGGGGGGCAGGACCACCUGCCUGGUGGGGGGGCCCAAAGGGCCCUCCAGGAGGAGCAGAGAGCUGCCCUCAGGGACCUCCCCCAGGGUCCAGCCUGAGCCUCCAUCCCCCAUCUCUGCCCAGCACAGGAAGCUGACCCAGCUGGCCCAGCUCUACCGCAUCAGGACUACCCUGCUGCUUAACUCCCAGGCCCUGAGCACAGGCCCUGUGGAAGUGGUGCGACACACAGGAGGAGGUGAUGGACCGGGGCUGCGCCCAAGGAAGACUCGGAGGAAGCAAUGUGUGGACAGGGCCAGGCGGAGCAGGCAGGCCUGUGCGGAGCCUGCUGGAGCGCAGCCAGACCCCAAGGCGACCACCAAGACAGGCCCCAGGGAGAAGCUAGCAGAUGCCACUCCACUCGCUGGAGAAGACCAUUGA